AUGGACCUCUUUUUCGGGAAAUCAAAGCCAAAGGCAAAUCCCAAAGAUGCCAUUGUUCGUCUGCGCGAUACUCUAAGCAUGUUGGAGAAACGUGAAAACCAUUUGCAGAGUAAAAUUGACGCAGAACUUGAAAUUGCUAAAAGAAAUGCUACUGGAAAUAAGAGAGCUGCAUUGAUGGCACUUAAACGGAAAAAGCAAUACGAGAAUCAAAUCGAAAAGAUAUCCGGUGCACGUCUAACAAUUGAAACCCAAGUGAUGGCGAUUGAAAAUGCAAAUGUCAAUCUAGAGACUAUUAAAGCUAUGGAAAAAGGGGCUGAAGCAAUGAAAACAAUACAUGGAUCAAUGGAUAUUGACAAAGUGGACGACACAAUGGAAUCGAUACGUGAACAAAUGGAAUUGGCAGAUGAAAUAUCGAAUGCAAUUUCUUUACCGGUGGCGGGUCUGGAUGGAAUAGAUGACGAUGAAUUGACAGCCGAGCUAGAAGAAUUAGAGCAAGAAGCCCUGGAUAAACAAUUACUGCGUGCAGAUGCACCUCCUGUCACAGUUCCAAAUGUUCCACUUGGCGAACCAGGAAAUAAGAUACGACCAGCCGAAGACCUCGAAGAAGAUGCAGAACUAGAAGAUUUGCGAGCGGCGAUGGCGUUGUAG